AUGGCUCGAGGUAACCAGCGAGAGGUCUCUCGCGAAAAGGCGCAGAAAAAGCUGGCUGCUCAAAGCAAGCCCCACGAGUCUGGCGUUUCAAAAACCAAGAGAAUGGAAAGAGAUGCCGAGAUCGUCCGAGCCAAGCAAGCUGCUGCUGCAGCGAAGAAAGCCCAAGAGGCAGCUCAACAACCGAAAUGA